CAAGCGCUGCGGAAUAAAAGAAACCGAAACUAGGCCUAAUAGCAGUUGACAUCAGUCAUGGUGUGUGUAAAUGCUGAGUAAGAGUGUAUGCACGCUGGCCACUGCGUUUUAAAUGUUGAAGUCAAGGGCUAGAAUCUAGAUCUACCGUGAGUUGGGAGCUCAAACGGCUGUAAUUAAUUGGCAUUUGAGUUGAUGCUGCAAAUGACAGUUUGUUUGCUAUGAAAAUGAAUCUGCCGCCGGAUCGUCAAGGACACUUGAGCGAUUUAAUGUCCAAAUCUGUUGGUGAGCUCAAAGAACUUCUUGAGAGACAAGAAAAAAUUCUGUCUGGAAGGGCAUUUCUUAAAACCUUGCCUGAUAAAGGAGAGAGAUGUAGAAAAUUUGCAGAACAUUUGAGAAAUCUUAUAUCACAAAAGACUGAAGCAUUUCGUCGUACCUUACCUAGCCAAACUGACAUGGAUCAUGUAUCAGGGUUCAAGCAAAUGUCAGAUGUAGUAAAGAUAAAUACAGAAAUCUUUGGUUCUGAAUUAGUGAAAGAUGUGACAGAAAGGAAAGUAGGAUUGUCUGCAGUUGCUGACAGUGGUGUUAAAGAAACUUCUGUUCAAGACCAUAUGGAUAUAGCUUCAAGUUUACAAAAAAUAAGCAUCAGUCAACCUGGAGAAAAGAAGGUUUCAGAGACUGAUGUGCCACAAAAUGUUUUUGAGAGGGUUGUAAGAAAGAUGGAGAGAGCAACACCUCAAGAAAAAUUUAUGCCCAACAGAACUCUCAAGUCCAAGGCUGACACAAAGCAAACAUUCCGCCCCCACACUGUGCCAAAUACUAACGUUGUUGAGGAAUCCAAUGUGAGGCCUCCAGAGUACAAAUUCAAGGAGUCAAAGCUGAUUUCAAUCAACGAGUCUGUGAAACUCAUAGAUGAGCAGAGAGCAAGAAAUGAGAAACUGAUAGCUGAACAUGCUGCCCAACGGCUGGCUGCGCAACUUGUACCAAAGAUGGCAACUUACUCAGGUCAAGGGAACAUGCAAUACAGGGAGCCUAAGCUACCAGAACAGGGAGACAGUGAUGAUGAUGAAGAUGAAGAGGAGACUCAAAAUUUUCAGCCUGAUGACGACGAUGAUGUUGAUGACAAUGUUUAAGCAGGCAGCAUGUUCCAAGGUCCACACUCAAGGGAGAUAACAUGAAAGAAAUUUCUCUGGCGAAUUCUCUUUUCUUUUCUGCUAAAUCGUGCUUUAAUAAAGUGCAGCCGUACCA